AUGACCUCCGCGCCCGCGUCGGGACAGCCGUUUGCCGGAGACCGACCGCAGGGAGAGCGCGUGGCUCCGGGACCGGGGCUGACGAGAGAAGCCGCGCGGUUUCCGACACGGCGGGUGUGUGGCGGGGAGGGAGGCCGGCGUCCGAGCACGCGGUGCGGCCCGAGCGUGCGGAGCCUCAGCGGAGGCGGUCUCGGUCCGCGCGGCUCGGCGGCCGCGUCCCUCGGGGUCCUCCGGGCGAGGCGGGGCCCCGGGGUCUCACGCCGGCGCCUCCCUCCCGCGCCCUCGCCGCUCCUCGUGUCCGCAAAGGCGCGUCUCCGGGGCAGCCCCGAGGUGCGGCCGGACGUGUGGACCCGGCGGGGCUCCGGACGGACUGGACAUCAUUUGAAGGCACCUGGCAGACAUCUCAAGACAAUUGGUUGGGCUGCUCUUGCUCCCUCCCUUGGGCAAUGUCCCUCCAAACCAGCCUCGCUUGGCAUGACCUUUCUUCGGAGCCCAGGGGAGGGCUUUGUCCUCUGGAGGAGACUCCGCUUGUCCCUUCAGGAACCAGACAUCUCUUGCCUCCAGGCUGCAGAGAAGCUUCAGGCAGCCUCCUGCUGGAUACUAUGGUUCAGCUCUGUUCUGCCAUCUUCUGUCUUGGCCCGCAGCUGCUUCUGGAAAUGCUCCCCCAGGCUACAGGGACAAUAGGGAAGACAGAAGCUCCCUGGUUUGCUGACACAAUCUCACUAUCCUGAAGCCUGAUUGUAGGACUGGCCUUCUCGCUGCACCCAUGGAGCUGACUUUUGGAGAUGUGAGUUGUCAUCCUUCUCCCUUGGGUUCAGGAGGCCUUCAUUUAUUCUCAGCCCUGCCACCAUUGUCUUUGUAACCUCAACUUCCUCUGCUGUAAAGUGGGCCCAUAUGUGACUCCUUUAUUUCUCACCACUGAGUGCUCAAAGUGUCCCUGACAUCUUGGAUUUACAACAAACUAAAGGAACUAGUUUCUGAGA